AUGGACCAUGGAACCUCAUACGAAGACUUCGAGGUUUCCUCUGCGCCCAGAGACGCAACUGGCCAGUUGCGGGGUAGCAGAGCUCCCAAGACCCACGACGACUACGACGUCGCGUGGAUCUGCGCACUCUACUUGGAGAUGGCAGCUGCUCGGGCCAUGCUAGACGUGACGCAUGAUGACUUGCCUAUGCACCUGAGCGACAGUAACUGCUAUAUCCUGGGGAGUAUUGAAAGGCAUAACGUGGUCAUUGCCUGCCUCCCUGACGGGCAGUACGGUACCAAUAAUGCAGCCAACGUCGCCGCCAACUUGUUGAGGACCUUUCCGUCCGUUCGCGUUGGUCUGAUGGUUGGUAUCGGGGGUGGCGUACCUACAAAAGCUGAUAUUCGUCUCGGUGAUGUCGUUGUCGGAUCGAGAGUGAUGCAGUAUGAUAUGGGCAAGAUCACGGACGAGGGGUUCCAAAGAACUGCUGUUCCAAGACUAACUCCGCGCUCGAUUAAUACUAUCGUCUCCAAAUUGCGAGCGGUCCAUGAGAACUUUCCUAGUAGAAUUCCAGAGAUCAUGCGAGAGAAACUGAGGGGCCCAAACUACCGCCAUCCGAGAGUGCCUGAUCGUCUCUUUCAGUCAACGUACACGCAUAGACAACCGGCUCCCGACAAUCAACAAAUGAAUGACUCUCGAACUCUCACGUGCGACGAGUGUGACCAGUCUAGACUGCAGCCACGAUACACGCGGCCGACAGAAGAGCCUCAUAUUCAUUACGGCGCAAUUGCAUCCGGAAACCAAGUCGUAAAAGACGCCUCCAUCAGAGAUCAAAUUGCUCGAGAUCUAGAUGCUAUAUGUUUUGAGAUGGAGGCUGCUGGUCUUAUGGACACCUUACCAUGUCUCAUAAUUCGGGGUAUAUGUGAUUACUCCGAUUCUCACAAAAGCAAGGAAUGGCAAAGGUAUGCAGCAGCUACUGCAGCAGCGUAUGCUCGGGAAUUCCUUGAAACAUCGCCCGUGAACCAACAGAUUGUGAAUGUUACAGUCGACCAAACUCGGUCUCAUGACCAUCGACAGCGGUUACUCAAAUCCCUUCGCUUUAAUCGGAUGGGUUCUCGGAUGGAGACUGUAGGAAAUGCUGAUGGCCCAACUUGCCGCUGGUUUCUCAACCACCCUGGCUAUCUCGCCUGGCUAGACCCGAAGCAGCUUCCAGAUCAUCAUGGGUUCUUAUGGGUCAGCGGAAAGCCUGGCGCCGGCAAAUCGACCAUUAUGAAAUUUACCUUCUCGCACAUGGCAAAGGAAAAUCGUCGUAAUAUGACACUUGAUUGUCGUCCGAAUAGCUGUUUUGCAUCCUUCUUCUUCAACGCCCGCGGCGAACCUCUGGAGAGGACCAUCACGGGAAUGUUUCGAUCAUUGCUUAUACAGCUUCUUGAGUGGUACGUGGACCUCCAGGCUAUACUAGACGACUACAAGCUUGAUACAGAGAACCAUGAUAAUUGGUUUACCAUCGAUACUCUCAAAAUCAUGUUCCAGAAGGCAGUGUUGGGUCUCGGGGAAAGAGAACUUACAUGCUUCAUCGAUGCUCUUGAUGAAUGCGAUGAGCAGCAGGCCAUCGACAUGAUUGAAUAUUUCGAAGACCUUACAGAAGAGUCCACGGAGAAGAAUAUAAUGUUCCGUGUCUGCUUUUCAAGUCGCCAUUAUCCCUAUAUUGACAUACAGGGGAGUAUUCGGUUGAAAUUGGAGGAUCAGCCAGGCCACAAUGAUGACCUACAGACAUAUGUCAAGCGUCGCCUAAAGGUCAGAGACGCCUUGAUGCUAGAAGAGCUCUACCCGUUGAUUCUUGAGAAAGCUGCGGGUGUCUUCUUGUGGGUUGCUCUGGUUAUCCGCAUCCUUAACAAAGAAGAUCGCUAUGGAAGACCGGCUCUGAAGAAGAGGAUCACGGACCUACCUAGCGAUCUGACCGAACUGUUCAAAGAUAUGAUUACACGAGAUUGUGAGAACAUGGAAGAGCUUCAGCUAUCUGUGCUUUGGAUUCUCUAUGCAAAGCGACCGCUGAGGCCGGGCGAGUAUUAUCAAGCUCUGUGGGCAGGCUUAUAUUCAAAAGGGCUGAUGGAUUCUGAAUUUCCUACAACGUCAACUAUGUCAGUGGACAUCAUCGCAAGGAUUGAAAGAUAUGUCAUCAGCUCGUCGAAAGGCCUAGCUGAGAUUACAAAAUCAUAUAACCCCGUUGUACAGUUCAUACACGAGUCAGUCCGCGAUUUCCUCAUCAAAGACGGAGGUCUUCGUCACUUGUGGCCCGGUCUGGAUGUCGAGUUUGAGAGUUCAGGCCACGAGAUGCUCAAAAUAUGCUGUGACACCUACAUCACUCAUCUCUUAGUGCGGGAGACUGUAUCAAGGCUUACGUGGCAUACCUUCAGGCUGGAGCAAUUCCAGUUCCUAGAGUACGCCAGCCAGCUUAUCAUGCAUCACGCUAACAUUGCCGCCAAGGCCAUAGCACAAGACGAUUUUCUCAUUCGCUUUCGUAAUGAGAGCUGGCCAGCCUUGCCAAACACAGACGUCUCUGAUGAAUGGACGUAUGAACAGAAUACGAGCAUCUUGUACUUUCUCGCGGAGAAUGGAUAUACUGCCCUCAUCCAGACAACUCUAAGAUCUGAACCAGAGAUCAACCCCCCAGGACAAAAGUAUGGUUACCCGCUCUUCGCUGCCUUAGCCAACCGCCACAUAGAAGCUGCUGCUGCUUUGCUUGGGUCAGAUGUUUUCAUAUUCAGCGUAGUCAAUUUUACGCAAGACUUUGGAGUCAAAACCAGCCCAACGAAACGAACACCUCUUACUUGGGCAGCGCAGCGCGGGCAUAGGGAGAUUGUGGAGCUUCUCCUUAAAAAGGGAUCAUCUCCUGACGAGGUGGACGUGGGUGGAGAAACGCCAUUAUCCCGAGCUGCAAUGAACGGUGCAGCCGCGGUGGUGGAAACUUUGGCCAAUCACGGUGCAAAUGUCAAUAGGAAAAAUAUCGAUUGGUCAACGCCACUAUCACAGGCAUCGAUGAAUGGUCAUGGGGAGGUGGCCAAUAUACUGAUCACGAAGGGGGCUAGAGUCAAUACAGAUGUCGGCGGCGGCUGGACACCGCUCUUACUAGCUCUACAAAACAGCUACAAGGCCUUGUCCAUAUUCUUGAUCGAAGAAGGUGCAAAUAUAAAGGUUACAGCUACUCACGACUGGACUCCGCUGUUACUGGCCUCGAAGGGUGGCUCACUAGUACUUAUAGAUCUGCUAGUAAAGCUCGGGGCAGACAUCAAUCUUCCAAAUCGAUUUGGGUGGACACCAAUAUCCCUAGCAGCUGAGAAUGGUCAUCAGCCAGCGGUCGAGCUCCUCAUCAAACACGGGGCCGAAAUCAACGACCCUGGCCAAGGAGGCCGCACGCCUCUGUCGUUGGCGUUACAUAAGGGCCACGAGCCCAUGGCAAGGAUGCUCGUGCGACAGGGGGCGGAUGUCACUCAUAACAACCCAUUGCCGCUUGUACUCGCCUCUGAAAAAGGCUUCUAUAAGCUUGUCACCCUCAUGAUCCAGGAAGGUGCCGAAGUGAACGCUGAGACCGGCAGUGGCUCAACACCUCUCCUCGUGGCUGUAGAAAGAAAAGAUAUGAAAAUGGUGAAGCUUUUGAUCCAAUUAGGAGCGCGUGUGAAUUCCUCGACAGGAUCCAGCUGGUCACCUCUGGCGGAAGCUUCCCAACACGGUCUUAUAGAAAUGAUGCUUCUUCUUAUAAAGAAUGGAGCACAGGUAAACGCUGCCACCAAUUUGGGCUGGACUUCACUGCACAUAGCCUCAAGACACGGGUAUGAGGCAGCAGUCAGACUUCUCAUCUCUCACGGGGCAGAUAUUGUGGCUCGCGCUAAAGAUGGCUUAACCCCUCUGUCGGAGGCUAUGAAGUUUGGUCACAGAACUAUAGCCAAGCUACUGGUAAAAGAGGCGGAAAAGAAAGGAUUAGAAUAG